UCAUUACAUGUAAGUAACCAUCUCAUCGAAAAACUAGUCGUACAUUGGAGCUCAAAAUGAAAUUCUAUUUUUUUACGAGAGCCGUUAACAUAAAAAAAUUCUUUUUCAGUUUUUAUAUUUUUACGUUGACCCUUUCUUGAACCAGAACCGGAGGAGGAUUAGAGGAAAAAGACCAUUGCCACCCCUUUUCCUCCUCCUAAUAAUUUCAUUUUUUUAAGAAACUUUUUGCUUCCUAACCUAAAAUCCAUGUUUAAUAAACGUGAUGAUCGUGAUAACAUGUACAAGAAUACAUUUUUUAUUUUCUAAGAUUUUUUGGAAUCUUGAGAACAACGUGAAGAAAUAAUUUAAAAAAUUAAAUAAAAUCUUGUACACCUUUUUUUUAAUAUUUUUUGUAAAAAUUUUCAUUUGAGCUCCAUUUGUAAAUAGACAACAAUUCAUAUAUUAUUUCUGAAAAAGAUUCUUCUUUUUCUCUUUUUUUCAUUUGAGGUGAUUGUGGAAUUUUUUUUUUUUGAUCAUGAGUUGCCUCCCAUGCUUCAAGAAAAAAACCGAAUCGCCGCCGCCGAUAGAGGAGGUGACGAUUGGUCGUCCUAGAGGAAUCUCAACCACACCACCAGAUCCCGCUGAACCAUUUCAAAAAGUCGAAAAGGUUAACCCUAUUCCAAACAGCAAUGCUAAGACUUACACAUUCCGAGAGCUCGCGAGUGCAACAAAGAAUUUCAAGCAAGAAUGCCUGAUAGGUGAAGACGGAUUUGGAAGAGUCUUCAAGGCAACACUUAACGGUGGAGAGGUUGUGGCAGUGAAGCAACUAGACAGAAGUGGAACACAAGGAAACCACGAGUUCCUUGUUGAGGUAUCAAAGUUGACUCUCCUCAAGCACUCAAAUCUGGUCGAUCUCCUUGGAUAUUGUGGUGAUGGAGAUCAGAGGAUUUUGGUCUAUGAAUACAUGCCGAUGGGUUGCCUAAAUGAUCACCUGCUUGAUCUUGGAGCGGAUAAAAAGCCACUAGAUUGGCUAUCCAGAAUGAAGAUAGCUUUAGGUGCUGCUAAUGGACUCGAGUAUCUACACGAAAAGGCCGACCCACCAAUAAUUUAUCGCGAUUUGAAAGGCACAAACAUCCUAUUGGAUAAAGAUUUUAAUCCUAAACUUUCAGAUUAUGGUCUUGCUGCGCUUGCAGGUGGAGGGAAUAAGACAAACAUGUCGCCGGUGAUGAUAACAAAUGGUUAUUGUGCUCCAGAGUUUGAAAGAAGUGGUGAACUUACUUUGAAGUCAGAUGUAUAUAGUUUUGGAAUUGUUUUGCUUGAACUUAUAACAGGGCGGCGAUCCGUCGAUACUACAAGGCCAACAGAUGAGCAAAACUUAGUUGCUUGGGCACAACCCUAUUUCAAGGAUCCAAAGAGGUUCCCCGAAUUGGCAGAUCCGCGUCUUGGAAAGAGGUUUCCCGUCAAAAGUUUAAACCAAGCAGUCGGGGUUACAGCAAUGUGUCUUCAAGAAGAACCAAUGGUUCGUCCUUUGAUUAACGAUGUUGUGGCUGCUCUUAGUUUUCUUACAGUGCCGAUGCCAGAUGACCCUAUUCCUAGUUCACCUUCUGCUCCGUCCCCAACGUCAAAUGUUGGAAAGUCGAGUGCAAAUAAUGAAAAUGAGGAGAGUUCAGAAUAUGACGACCAAGGUGAUUCAGAUGAUGAUAAUCAAGGUUAUUCCGAUGAGGAUGAAGACAGUGAGAGUGAAAAACAAAAUAAUGAAAAGGUCCGUGACCGACAACGCUCUAAAAAAGUUACUGACAAACGACAGUCUCAAAAAGUUAGUGUCAGUCAAGACGAUGAUAUAUCAAGUUCAGAAUAUGGAUAUGGAAGUGGAUCAGGUUCAGAAUAUGACGAGGAAAGUGGCGAUGAACAACACAGAAAAGUGACAGCAAAAUCUGCAAAAUAUGGUUCACGUUCAAGACAUAAAAGCCAGGUAAAAUCUCGUGCUAAAAGUAUCAACGCAGGUUCAAGUAGCUGAACACCCAACGGAUAACAUCACAACAAACAAUAAGAAGAAUGCAAUUGCUGAAUUUAACUGGCAACAAAGUCAAUGAUGCUUGCAAACACGAACAGAUUCAAGUUUAAGUCACAUAUAGAGAAGCCGGUUUGAGCAAAAAACAAAGAUCCAACGGGAGUAAGUGAUAACACAAACUGCAGAAGUAAAAGCAACAUUGACUCAAGUAACGUAAUUGUUGAUAUUGUUUAAGGAAACAAGCAACUCACAUUCUAAUGCAAUGAAGAAUCAAUACGUUGAAGUAAUGGUUCAAAUCAUCCCGGAGUAUAUAUUAGUAAAUCAUGUAACUGUACAAUGUAAUUAACCUUUUUCAUAUUUUUGUUUUGACAAACUUACUUUUCCAGUUUUGCUAUGAGCAGUGACGUUUUUUAAUAAGUUGUUUCACUACAAAAUAUUGCAGCUUGUGCAUGGAGAUCUCCGGCCAAUAAGCCACAAGCUCAAAAGGCAUCCUUGUACCAACACUUUUUUGGUUUUAAUAAGCUAAUAAGUUUACUAUAA